CUUUUUUUAUUACGUCGGUAAAACACUAAUUGCUUCGAAUAAAAAAUGCAGGGGUGUCUUUUGAAUUCUAAUAAAUUAUGGAAGAAGGAGUUAAGCGUAUUUAUAUUUCCUUUAUGUUUUAGAAGAAAAUUCGUUUAUUGUAAUACUUUUUUCUCAGAUUUAAAAGAGCCAAAUAUUUUGGAAGAAAAUACAUCAAAUGAAAAAGAAAUAUUAGAUACACAAUCGCAUAAUUCAAAUAAUCCAGACGUUGAAGAGCCUACUAAAACAGAAUUAUUAAAAAUUUCCAGGGCUUUUUAUACUCCAUUUAAAGAAUCUCAAUUAUACUCUCCAUAUGAUCUUUCAUUUGAAAAGAAUUUAUCAUAUCGUUAUUCUCUUAAUAAUGCUAAAGAAGAUCCAUGGAAACGGCUCUGUAUCAGUCCUCUUAAACGAUAUAAAAGUUUUAAUGUUUUAUCAGAGUUUAUUACAGAAAUGGGGAGAAUUCUACCAAGAGAUGAAACAGGGUGUAGCGCAAAACAUCAACGGCAACUUGCCAAAGCAAUUCGUCGAUGUCGUGGGAUCGGUCUUUUACCGACUACUCAAAGGCAUCCAACAUAUUUAGAGACCAAAAGGAAGUAUUAUAUGAGCAAAAAGGGGGCUAUAGAAGAAGCGUAAUAGGAAUUAUGUGAUUUCAUGAGAAAAUGUCAACGUAAAUUUGUAC